AUGGUUCGUUUGCAUUUACACUACCAAAAUGAAUCGGACUUUGGCCUCAAGGAUACUUGGAUCCGGGACCAGGCCCCUAAAUUGUUCAUGGCCAAAUAUGUUGAAAAGGGAAAGAUCGGUUCUGGAGGUUAUGGCUCAGUUUUUGCAGGUUACAGAAAAGAGGAUAAUGUACCGGUGGCUAUUAAACAUAUUCCACAGAUGAUUGUGCAGCGUGCAGAAGUAGUAAGAAAGGUUAAAUGGAUCCCCCUGGAAGUUGCACUAAUGCUGCGAGUCAGUUCAGAACCAGUAGGAAACAGUGCAGCCAUGGCCCUGCUGGACUGGUACGACCUGGACAAAGAGCUGAUUCUCAUCCUAGAGAGACCGCUCCCAUGCUGUGAUCUCCUAGAUUACAUCAACACCCACGGGCCCUUGGAGGAGCACAAAGCAAGAAUUAUAACCAAACAGCUCGUAGAUGCUCUCAUUGAAAUCCAAUCUAGAGGAGUAUUUCACCGGGACAUAAAGCUGACCAACAUUCUCAUAGAAACCGGCUCUGAUGAACCUCGUGUCAGGAUUAUAGACUUUGGCUGCGGCACAUUUCAGUCAAAGAAGAUUUUAAAGUCAUAUCAAGGAACGCGCGCUUAUGUAUGCCUGGAGUGGUUUGAGAAAGGGAGGUACAGGGCUGGACCAACUACAGUGUGGCAGCUUGGCAUUGUGCUUUAUAAAUAAUUACAGUUUAUUCCUUUUAAGGGCAAUGUUCAUAUUUAA